AUGGACGACGCCGUGGGUACUAUGGAAAUGGAUGAUAGCCAGCAACGAAUGUCUCAGACAAGACAGCUCUUUGGCCAACAGAGACCUGAGCUCAAUAUGAAUACUUCUGGUCUCACUCAAGGCCUGCGAACAUCUCAACCACCGACGCCUGCUGCUGCAAGCUUUGGACUACAGAACAAUCCCACGGUGUCGUCUGUCAACACACCUACACUUACUACACAAGGACAAACACCACAAGGCCAGCAAGUGGACAUGGACGAGGAUCUUCCAGGCAUGCCUAUGGGUGGUAAUACGAACGAUAUCGGUGACAUGGGCUUCAACGGCAAUCAGACCGGCAAUGAUUCUAACUUUUGCAUAAACGAUCCUGGAAAGCACCUUUUCAGCUCGAAUGGCUUCCCUCCUAACCGUUCUAUCCAGGCACAGCUGCAACAGCUUGGCAUUAACCAGUCUCAACUCAACGACCCUCAAACUAACAAGGCUAUUAUGCAGCGUCUACAAAGCAUGAUGAUGCCUGAAGAACACAAGCCUUUCAAGUGCCCCGUCAUCGGCUGUGAAAAGGCCUACAAGAACCAGAAUGGACUUAAGUACCACAAGACGCAUGGUCAUCAAACUCAACAGCUGCAUGAAAACGGUGACGGCACUUUCUCGAUUGUCAACCCCGAAACAAGUGCGCCUUAUCCAGGAACCCUGGGUAUGGAAAAGGAGAAGCCUUUUAGCUGCGAGACAUGCGGAAAGCGCUACAAGAACUUGAACGGGCUGAAAUACCACAAGGCGCAUUCCCUGCCGUGCAAUCCCGAUUUCAAGCUUCAAGCUCUUGUCAACAUGAACUUGCCAGGAAUAGGAGAAGACCAGAUGAUGCAAUAA